AUGAUCUCAAAAGCUCCAGUUAGAAAGAGAAUCAGAAGACUCCCCCCUGAAAAGAGACAAAAGGUUUCCACUGCCUGUGAUUCAUGUAAACGUAGAAAGUUUAAAUGCACAGGGCAAACCCCCUGUGACGUAUGUGUAAGAAAGGGAACAGAAUGUACAUACACUAUUAUCGAUAAACGUUCCUUGAAGAGUGAACGCAUGGCCAAGAAAAAGUUGGAAGAGGAAAAUCAAUACCGUCGACAGUCCAUUGAACUGGAUGAACAGGACGAUCCAUUUAGAAAACAACUGUUUCUGGAUACGUCCCUGAUUCAAAUAUCCCCUUCAAAUAUGUCCAAUGUGUCACCUCCACAUGUAUCACCUCCGCAAGUAUCACCUCCUCCUCCUCCACACAUGGCCCAGCAAAUCAUGCAACAACAACCACAAUAUCUUUCACAGGUUUCACCAUCACUACCUCCUCCUCCACCUCAACAGUACCAACCACAGCCAUACCAACAACCUUAUGCUCCUCAAUAUGCACCACAAUAUCCACCUCAACAAUACGCACAAUACCCCCAGCAAUAUCCCCCACAUCAUCAACAACAACAAUACCCACCUCAGGUUCCAGUAGGCUAUCAACAACCUCCACCACCACCUCCAAUGCAACCACAUCUUCAACAAGCCCACCAAUCAUUACCACCACAACCCUUGUAUGAUUCCAGACAACCAAGUCAGCAAAUAUCCCCAACCAAAAAUCCUCAUGGUAUUUUGACCCCAGAAACCACUCCAAACUCAAACUACAACGGCAAUGGACACUAUAUUCCUAAAUCUUUACAACCAUUAUUGUCGUUCCCCUUGGAUAACGAAGAGGAUACCCCUCCACCGGAAGAAGAUGAAGACAUGACCAAGAAGAAAUCAGGUGACAAGAAGAAGGACGGUAUCUCCAACCAAUCUGGAAAAUCUGCAAUUUUAUUAGUGGACAAGUCGAAUACAUUCAGAUAUAUGGGAGAGACCAGUCCAUUGUCUUUGUUGUAUGAAGCAAGAAAUAUCUUUGUCCAAUAUGUCGGAAAGACCAAGCUUACCGAAGACCUUCGUGGAUGUCCUGUGAUUGACAAGCCGGCACCUAUUAGAAAUAGGGUGUCUAUUCAAUUACCUCCAGUAGAAGAGCGUGAUUUGUACAUUAACAAUUUUAAGUGGAAUAUCAAUGAUACAUUUUUCAUUUUCGAUAUGGAUAGGUUUUAUAAGGAGAUUGUCGAGGUGGUUUAUCGCGAUCCAAUGAAUGAACAUAACAAGGCGGUUUUGAUUAUCUUGUACUUUGUCUUGGCUAUUGGUGCGACUUAUAGUGAUUUCAGUAAUGGUGAUCCAGAAGCAAUUAAAGGUGCUGCUUAUUUCGAUAGUGGAUUGAACUUGUUGAAGGAUGUUGUUGAAGAUUCCGAGAUUUGGGUUGUAAUCAGUCACUACUUGCAAUUUCACUAUUACCAGUCAAUUUUAAAGAAGUCUACUGCGUGGAUACAUUUAAAUCUUGCCAUUAAGUAUGCUCAAUCUAUUGGAUUGCAUCGAAGUUUUGUCAAUGAACAAUUCUCUAAGAAGUCGUUUGAGACGGAGUAUAGAAAGAGAUUGUUUAGAAGUCUUUAUUCUUCGGACAGAAUCAGUUCGGUGUUUAUUGGAAGACCAUUGUCUAUCAAUGAUUACGAUUGGGAUGAUCCUACCCGAUUCAAAAGCUCGAACUUGCCAUUAACUGCGUUGGACUUCAAUUCCAAGUGUCAAAUUGAACUCACCAAGAUAUGUACCUUGAUUGGUCGUAUUGUCAGUAAUUUCUAUCGUGAUAGAAUAAUUGACAUAAAUCGAACCAGAAACUUGGCCAUUGAAUUAAAGAUGUGGUCCAAGAACCUUGAUCCUGAUUUAUCCAUUGAGAAUAUCUUGAAACCUACUGAAAUACCCGAUAAUGAAGCUCAUGGAAACACGCAGAUUUUGUUGAUGACGCACUUGUUGCAGUUGUAUGCCGUUAUGUUGUUGAGUCGACCAUUCUUUAUGUACGAGGCUGUGUCGGCCAUUAAUGCCGAGUUGAAGGAUACCAUCAAGGAUAAAGAGUUGGUCAAGGACUUCCGCCAGGCUGCUACCAAGAGUUCCAUCUUGGCAAUCAAAUUGAUGAACCACUACAUAAAUACUGCUUUCAAGGACUGUAAGCGUAUGGAGUGUUAUAUUAUCAUCACUUGCUGUUUCUACUCGUCCAUUAUGAUCAGUAUUACUAUUCUUUCUGGUGGUUUUGAGCAUGAAGGGUAUUCCGAAAGUGAUUUGAUUGACUUGUUAAAGAGUGCCAAGUAUGUCUUGAACCACUUCUCCAAAUGCAACAAGGGUGCAUUAAGAUAUGCGGAAAUCAGCACCGAUAUGAUUGACGCUUUGGUGCAUAGACACGACAAGGGUGGCAAAGCCAAGCACGACACCGAUAGUGAGAAUGAGAGUGUUGAUAGUGAAGAGCUCGACUAUAGAGUGCUCAAUGACUACAAUUUCAUUGAUGACCCCAAUAACAAUAUGCAGUCGUUGAUUGAAUUCCAGCAGUUUUUCGUACCGCAGGAGAUUGCGCCUACUGGUGGAUCCGUUGAUGUGAAUACUACCAUGCCUUAUGACUAUGGUAAUUAUGAGUUGUUCUUUGGUGACAAGUAUUAAGAUUAGGACCUUUUAGUUUUUUAUGGAUGUUGUUUAUUUUGUUUUAUUAUAUAUAUAUAUAU